AAUACUAGCUUUGUUUGACUUCACUUCAGUUUGAUUCAGCAACAUUAAUAUCAAGACCAAAAACCUUCUCAGAAUGAGGUCUCCACUUGAGGGUAAAAAUUGUACCACCCUCCCACAGGUCCAAAAUCCCACUGCCAUUGGUCAGGGUCAAAUACCACAGGCUCUGCAUUCUGAGUAACUCUGUGCCACUUCAGAAAGUAGAAGCCAAAGAAAGAAUUGAACAAUGAAGACAUUUGCAAAUAUUUUUCUGGGACUUUUUGUCUUUGAGACCAUUGUGGCUGCUCCUACAAUAGAUACCUUAACUUAUGACUCUGAAACCUAUGAUGUAGCAUUGGAAGACUUGGAUAAUCUUUACGACUACAAUGAAAACCUCCCCGUGGAUCAGGCAGAGAUAGAGAUUGGAACCGUGUUACCUUCUGUAACUAGAGAGAUUCAUUCCCCACCACCACUGCCAGAAGAAGCUGAAGAAGAAGCAUCAACACCAAAACUAACUGAUGGUUCUUCACCACAGGGGUCAGGAGUUCUUGGGCCCCAAACACAUGAUGGUCUUCCGACUUGCCUUCUGUGUACAUGUCUAGGGACCACAGUCUACUGUGAUGAUCAUGAACUCGAUGCUGUUCCUCCACUGCCCAAGAAAACCACCCAUUUCUACUCUCGCUAUAACAGAAUAAAAAAGAUCAACAAAAAUGACUUUGCUAAUCAAAACAAUUUAAAGAGGAUUGAUCUGACAUCAAAUUUUAUAUCCGAGAUCGAUGAAGAUGCCUUCAGGGAGCUGCCCCAGCUUCAGGAGUUAGUGCUCCGCGAUAACAAGAUAAGGCAGCUCCCCGAGUUACCUCCUUCCCUGACAUUCAUUGAUGUUAGUAACAACAGGCUUGGCCGCAAAGGAAUAAAGGAAGAAGCAUUUAAAGAUAUGGUUGAUCUGCAUCAUCUUUACAUCACUGACAAUAACCUGGAUCACAUCCCACUCCCACUCCCUGAAAACCUCCAAGCUCUUCAUCUUCAGAACAACAACAUUCAGGAGAUGCAUGAAGACACUUUCUGCAAAAUGAAAGAUGUUACUUAUGCCCGUAGAGCUCUAGAAGACAUCAGACUGGAUGGCAAUCCCAUCAACUUGAGCAAGACUCCUUCUGCUUACAUGUGCCUACCCCGUUUGCCAAUUGGUAGCCUCAUCUAAGCUUCGACAGUGGCCAGCACUGUCGUUUGACAUGGCAGUGUCUAUGACAAAUGAACAAGUCGUUGCUACAGAAAGCCCAAUACAUAUUAUUUUCAAAGUUCAUUCAUUUGACAGGUUAUUAAUCAGUAAUUAAAUUAAUGAAAAAGACAAACAAUAAUGUGAAAUGCUAAAAGAUGUACUGAAAUAUAGACUGUGCAAUGCUAUAGAUACCAAUGCAUUCAAUACAACAACUGCAUUGAGUAUAUAGA